AUGGAUCAGUUCAACAGCGCCGAGGCGCGGGCGCUCCUCGACACCAUAUACACCAUCCGCGAGCUGCAGGCUGACGGCACUGCGGGCCUAUCCCUGCCCCGGAUCGUCGUUGUCGGCGACCGGUCGGCCGGCAAGAGCUCCGUGCUCGAGGCCAUCUCGCGGGUGCGCUUUGGCCCCGUCGAGUCGGGGCAUUCCACUCGCUUCGCCACAGAGCUGGUGCUUCGCAAGGCUGCGCACAGCAAGGUGUCUGUCCGCAUCAGGUGGGCCGAUGAGUUUUCGCCCGGUAGCAAGCCGCAGCCCAACCAGGACCGGACCAGGUUCGAUAAGGACUCGCUGCCCAAAAUCAUCUCGCAGGCCGAGGAGAUCAUGAGGGGCCCGACAUUUACCCCCUCACGCUUGUCGACCUCCCGGGCUUUACCACAGCGAGACAGAGGGCCAGACGCUCGAGGAGAAGGCGAUAGUGGACCAGCUGGCCGCGAGCUAUAUGGAGCGGAAAAGCAACAUCGUCUUGGCUGUCGUGUCAGCCAACGAGCUGGCGAGCCAGACGGUACUCGAGCGCGCCAAGCCACGACCCGGCCGGAAAGCGUACCAUCGACGUCGUUACCAAGCCCGACCUGGCCGGCCCGGGCACCACGGAUAAAAAAAAACUGUCUGAGGCUCGUAAACGGCUACGACAAAACCUACAAGCUGGCUCUUGGCUGGCACGUCCUGCACAACCUCCCGCAGCAGGGUCAGAAGACCUCUGCCGACGACCGGGACGCCAAAAAAGACGCCUUCUUUAGAGAGGGCAGGUGGGGGUCCAUCUCUCCCCCGCGCAGGGGCGCCGAAGAGCUGCGGAAAAAGCUUAGCAAGGUUUUGCUGGAACAUAUCCGACUGGGCCUGCCCAAUGUCGUGUCCAAAAUCGAAGAGAGCCUGCGCGACCGCGAAAAGCGGCUCGAGCGCGUGGGUAAAAGCUCGCGCGAAACCACGGACGAGGUUCGGUCCUACCUGCUCGACAUCCCCGACCGGUUCCAAAGGCUGGGACGCGACGGUAUCGAAGGCCGGUACGCCGAUUCCUUCUUUGGCGACCUUUACGACGGCGGCCGCAAAAUCAGGGCCCAGCUUCGGAAUCUCAAUUCCGCGUUCGGCGAGACGCUUUCGGGCAAGGGCGCCAAGUACAGCAUCCUGUCGGACGCCGGCGGCCUGUUCGCGGCCCGGGAGAACGGCAGGCUCCCCGAAAUGCUCCAGCCGUUUCUUGGUCUUUACUCGCGCUUUCCAGACCCCGAGCCCAUCGCCGAGGAGGAACUUUGCCGCAGGCUCAACCUCCUGGCAUCCAUCAACGGCGGCAUGGAGCUCCCCGGCGCUCCCAACUCGGGUCUUGUGGCGCAGCUCUUCAAAGAACAGGCCCAGCCAUGGCGUGACAUAGCUGCCCUUCAUCUGGAGCUUGUUUCCAACUACACCAAGUCCUUUGUGGAGCAGCUGAUUGGGCACGUCAUCGCCGGCAGUUCCGGUUCCGAGCCGGCACUAGCGGAUGGCGGCCCUGCUACCAACAGAACCGUCGUCGCCGUCCUGUGCGGGCUUGUUGAUCCUUUUUUCGAAGCUAAAGCAGAGGUUCUUCGCGCUAAGCUCGACGAGCUGCUGAGGCCUUAUACGACGGGAUUUAAUAUCCCGCUUGAACUUAAGCCGGAAAUGAGCGGGCAAUAUGGGAUAGGUUGA